GUCAUCACGGGUUAUGACAUUUGAGCAAAAAAAGAAUACCACUACACAUAUAGAACAAGUGUUUGGCGACGAGGGGUUGGUUUCUAUUUUGUUUAAGCAGGCAGGUGGUCCUUCCAUCGGGGCGGAGUUGUGCUACUCGGCAAGGUCUUUUUUUCAUGGGAAAUAUCCGGGUUAAAGAGAAUCUCAACACUAAGUAACGGGAUUGGGUAGGCACUCGGAGUGUCUUGAUUUUUUAUUUUUCUAAGCUCAUGGCACGAGACGGGAGUUGGUUGCGCGGUGCUUUGGGGCUGCAAAUACAGGGCUCAUAUUCAUGUCAUCAUCAUCAUCGUCUUUUGUCUCCCUUUUACCAUUUUUAUUGUCCUUGUAUUACGGUCGAGGGAUGAGAGGAUACCAGUCCAUUUCUUUCGUAUUAUUCCCCCGGGCAAAGGUUCUACCAAUUGGGUCAAGUGCAUCACUAGGUUUCUUCUCUCGGGCGAUUUGGGGGAGGAUGGAAUCUUUGUGUAUAGGAAAUCAUAUUCGGGCGGACAAGCGCAGGCGGCGCGGAAAUGGGUACACGCCAACUGGUUCCCUAACGGCUGUGUGGCGUUUACCUAUUUUGGUGUUUGUGUGUGAAGAUAAAAAGAGAACGCCUUUUGUUGGGUGUCUUCUGCCGUACAUUCGAUGUAUUGAAUUGAAAUGGGCGAAAUAUGUGCCUCUCACUUUCAAACUACCGUGUUCUUGCAUUUGUGAUGAUGUGGCUACUGAUCAUAGUGAUAUUGUAACUGUUGAUAUGUCUAUUUGGGUAUAUGGAAAUCAUGGAAAUUGUCUACUUUCGGUUGGAAUUGGUUACUACGAUUCAUGAGACGGGAGGCUAGACAUCCCAAUUGUUGUCUCAUCCAUCUUCGGAUCGGUCUAGCAACGGUUCCGAUGGAGGCAGUGGACGCUAUG